AUGUCGGACAGCGAGCGCGCGGCCGUGGUGCUGGACAGCGGGUCGGGCGUGUGCAAGGCGGGCUUCGGCGGGGACGCCGCGCCCCGGGCGGCGUUCCCCUGCGUGGUGGGGCGGCCCCGGCACCGGGGUGCGCUGGUGGGCAUGGGGCAGAGGGACGCCUACGUGGGCGACGAGGCGCAGCGCCGGCGCGGAGUGCUGAGCCUGCGGCGCCCGGUGCGGCACGGCGUGGUCGCCGACUGGGCCGCCAUGGAGCAGGUCUGGCACCACGCCUUCCACAGCGAGCUGCGCGUGGCCCCCGAGGAGCACCCCGUGCUGCUCACCGAGGCGCCCCUGAACCCCAGGGCCCACCGGGAGAGGAUGGCCCAGAUCAUGUUCGAGGCCUUCGGCGCCCCGGCCGUGUACGUGGCGGUGCAGGCCGCGCUGUCGCUGUACGCCGCGGGCCGCACCACGGGCGUCGUCACCGACUGCGGGGACGGCGUCACCCACACCGUGCCCGUCUACGAGGGCUACGCCCUGCCCCACGCCGUCCAGCGCCUGGACCUGGCCGGCCGGGACCUCACCGACUACCUCGCCCAGCUCCUCAGGGAGCGCGGCCACGGCCUCUCCACCACGGCCGAGCGGGAGAUCGUGCGGGACGCCAAGGAGCGGCUGUGCUACGUGGCGCUGGACUUCGAGCAGGAGACGGCCGGCGCGGCCGCAGACCCCGCGCUGGAGAGGAGCUACGAGCUGCCGGACGGGCGGGUCAUCGCCGUGGGCAGCGAGCGGUUCCGCUGCCCCGAGGCGCUGUUCCGGCCGUCGCUGCUGGGCCUGGAGGCCCCGGGCAUCCACGCCGCAGCCGCCGGCGCCGUCCUGCGGUGCGACGUGGACCUGCGCCGCGACCUGUUCGCCAACGCCGUGCUGUCCGGCGGCAGCACCCUGUUCCCCGGCCUGGCCGAGCGCCUGCGGCAGGAGGUGGCCGGCCUGGCCCCCGGGGGCGUGAGGGUCAAGGUCAUCGCGCCGCCCGAGCGGAAGUACUCCGUGUGGGUCGGCGGCGCCAUCCUGGCCUCGCUGUCCACCUUCCGGCAGAUGUGGAUCAGCCGGCAGGAGUACGACGAGGCCGGCCCGCCCGUGGUGCACAGGAAGUGCUUCUGA